CCUCGCUUCGUCGUGCCUCGAUUCAUCCAACCUUGACGCAAUGCCAUCUUUUUGGAUCAAUCAGUAACCCCUCGCUAAGUCCUGGACUCCAAUACUCGCCCACGGUAAUAUCUUCCGGCCUCCAGUCUCUGGAUGAGUUGUUCAAUUUAUUGUUGGUUACGGUUCCAACUUCCCAGCCAGAGGAUUCCACCUCGUCUGACCUUGUCCCUUGCUGGCUUCUUUUGGGUACGCGUUCCCGUGCUGAGAGUGCCGCAUUGUGGCUAUCAGAGAAAAGCACUCAAGAUUAAACGCUCUUGGACCCACCAUCUCCCUGCAUGAUGGAUUCAUUUCAAAAUGGCGCCGAAUCCAUGGCCGAUUCAUACAAUGUUCAAUCACAGAUCUUUGAUCCAUCUGUGGCAGCCAACCUGGAUCUCUCUACGUACGCAGAUAGCAUGGCCAUGGAUUUGUCUAACUUACCAGCCGCUGGCUUUGAAGGACUUGGGCCUGAUAUCACACCGACUCUAGUCAAGGAGCCGUCUAGUCUUUCCGAAAGCACCACGCCCAAUCCCACCAUUGGUGCAGGACCUUUACCAACGGGGUUUGCCCAGAAUUCUCAAUCAGUAGGCACGAGCAGUACACUUACCGAAUUCACCAAACGGCGCAAUUGGUCUCAGAGGGUACUGGACGAACUCAAAGACCUAUUAUAUAUAUUGACCGCCGAUGGCCGAGUCCUUUACAUGUCGCCUUCCUCCAAGACAUUAAUCGGCUACGAAGCGAACGACAUCUUGGGAAGCCCAAUUUCUGAUUAUUUACAUCCAGAUGACUCUUCGCUAUUCAUCCGAGAGUUCAAUGAAAGCAUCGCAACGGGCAAUCCUCUUCGGUUCUUUCACCGCCUCCGGACCUCUGAAGAGAAGUAUCGAAUCUUCGAAUGUCAUGGCCAUCCACACCUGACUUCUGACGUUCAGCGUGUGGAACAAGGACUUCCGGUUCCUCCGGCACCAUUCUGUCGCGGAUUUUUCAUGAUGGCACGACCUUAUCCUACCAAGAAUUCGGAACUGUUGGACUCGUUUCUCGAACAUAAGCUGGAAAAUGUAAGACUUCAAGCUCGCAUCGCCGCGUUGAAGCGUGAGGAGGAGGAAGAUGCCGAAAUUCAGCAAGAAGCCUUCCAUAAGCAAGCUGGGGCCAACGGUCACCGAACGCCCUCGGGUUCUGCUGAGAUCACGGCAAGAUCCCCAUCGGCUGGAGGCAAAAGCGAAAAUGUCGAUUACAACGCCAUGCCCCCUCCUGCCAAGCCAACAAGUUCUAAUGUAGCCCUCACCCGCGAGGCACUUGACGAAGCAAAUGCUCACGCUCGACCUGACAGCAUUCGCGACAAGAUGGCUCGUUAUGAGGGGUCAUCUCAUGUCGAUUCGAUCGAAAUGUUCACAGGACUACGAUACAGAGAGGGCGAGAGAUCUCACGGCAUAUCCACAGGGGGUACUUCGCCUGCAUUGAUUCGUGGAGAUGCAGGAAUUCAUAUUCCAAUCGACAAAGCCGACGCAAGAUUUGGUGGCUCGACGUAUUCAGACAAGAAGCCUAAGAAAGUGAAGAGCGCCGAUGAAUUUGUUUGCACAGACUGUGGCACUCUCGACAGUCCAGAAUGGCGAAAAGGUCCCAAUGGUCCCAAAACACUCUGCAAUGCUUGCGGGUUGAGAUGGGCCAAGAAAGAGAAGAAGCGUGGCGGAUCAGGGACAGAUCUUAAUGACAUGAACAGUGGCGGUGCCAGUUGAUGAGACUUGACUUCGACAAGAGGCAUGGCAGGUAUAUGAGGAAAUCCGCCAAUCAUAUCAGAAAUCGAAUUGAUCAAGACGAUACUGGACACCAUUCAUCAUUCAGUCUUGACGAUCGUGUACCAACAGUGAGACAAGCCUUGACGAACCUCGGUCGCAAAACUUGCAUUUGCAGCAUUCACGACUUGAUUUGGUGACUUGGUCCACUCAACACGAGAGGUGGAUCAUAUCUCGGCAAUAUUUUGGAUAUCGGAAACCACAGCUUUGAUAGCCAGCGGCCAACUCUUGCCUCAGCUCACGAGGCUGUGGCCGGAGCGGUGAUGGAAACCUGACCUUUGCAACAACAAGCUGCAAAUUCCAGCUCCAAGUUCUGGGGCCUUGCCGGGUACUACUGAGCUACCCAUUUGUCAAGACACAUGAGUCAUUGCAACAGCAAGCCUCGUGCCACGACAUGCUGGCGCCUACAUUGACUUCGACAAAGCAUCUUCAACUCGUCACCACUCAAAUCCCGUUUCACUCUCCUCGUCCAGACGAAGGACACAUACUAUUGAGUGAACUCUCUCAAUUUGCGAUUCACCUGCUCCCGACCUCACAAUAUACUCACAUUUUUGAUGACAUACAUAUAUACUCACCCACAGAUGGGCCCAUGUUGCACGUACCCGGGGAGGUACACGAUUGUAUAAAGUCUUGUAGAGAUAGAAAAGGAGGCUUUUUGACGUGGACACGAAUACGAAUAUGGACAUGGGCAUGGGCAUGGGCAUGGGCAUGGGCAUGGAUACGAAACACGAACGCGAAUUCGAAUUAAUGGCAUGAGCAUAGGCGCGGGCGCCAAAUACACGGUAGCUAUCCAAUCUACAUAAGGAGUUACGUAGGGG